CGCGCUAUUUAAGUCAAGAUCGUCGCGGCGUUUAUUCACAAAUGCUCGCGCAUCGAGAUUGACUGAGCGCUAUGCAUUGUUUACAGACAGGACGUGAGAAUGUCUUAUCUCAUGUACGGGGGUCUAAUAAUAAUCGUCGGUGUGGUAGUUGAGACAUGGGAUCAGUAGUUAAAUGUCAUAGGCGCUCGAUCUCCGCGUAUUUUAUUACAACCACACUGGGUGAAGAGGUCUUCUCCACUUUAAAAUGAAUAUUUUGUUUGUAUAUUCGUUUUAACUGCACAUAACGAGGGCGUUCUUCCUCACAAUUUACAGCAAGAAAGCACAGAGAGAAUGGAAUCACAUCCGCCUGGAUCAGGACCUGCCUUGCAGUUCACAAGUGGCUUUAGUGAAGUAUCUAGACCCGUCAAGACCUUUCAUCUUCGGGACAUCUACAAUCCCAAACCACCCCAACAAAGGACCCCUGUGGCAAUACGGCCACCCAGCCCAAAACUAGGUCCUCCUCAGGAGCCCGUCGUCCGGCAUAGGCAGUCGUGUGAGCCCGAGCCAAAACCCAUCAUGAGGAGACGGGCUAAAUCCCUCUCGUCCUCCACAGAAGAGCACACCUGCAGGAACGUGCAGGUCCGCUUCGUAGAUUCGUUAGGGUUGGAACUGGAAGAUGUGAAGUUCUUCAAGGCCAGCGAGGACCCAUUGGUGCCGGUCCACGUCAUCACAAGACUGCUGGCAAGCUCUGAGCUGGCCUCCAAGAAGAAGCUGGAGCUCUCUCUACCCUACUUCCAGCCAUCCUUCCCUGACAACAUGCGUGCCGAGGCUGGUUUCCUCAAGCGCUUGUGCCAGCAGCGAGUUUGCCUGGAGCAGGUGUUUUGCUCUGAGCUGGGAAUUAUCGGAACUGUGCAAGUGCUGAACUUGGCCUAUGAGAAAGAGGUUACGGUACGAUACUCGUUUACCGACUGGAAGUGCAGCGCGGAGAGUAAAGCGAGCUGGAUCUCCACCGUUCACAGAGAUCGGCCCGAUCCAGAGUCCGAUAUGUUUCGUUUUCAUCUGCCUGUCCCACCUUUCAUCAUGCAGCCAGGUGCCAUGCUACAGUUCGCCAUCUGCUACCGGGUCAGAGGAUUUGAGUACUGGGACAACAAUGGUGGGUCUAAUUAUAAACUGACCUGCCAGACGUACAAAUUGACGGUCCCCAGAGAGUGUGAAGAUAGCCUGGUGCAUUUCAUUUGACUCUUCACUAGAGAUGCCAUAUACAGUGCUGUGAAAAAGUGUUUGCCCUCAGCCUGAUUUCUUCUGUUUUUCUGUGUGUAUUUCAUACUAAACAUGAGUAAGGCAACCUGAGUAAAUACAGCUUUUAUUUAUUUAUUUUGAAUGGAGCAAAAAAGCUAUCCAACACCUAUCACCCAUGUGAAAAACAAAUUUUCCCAUUUAAUGUAAAAUCUGGUUGUGCCACCUUUACCGUCUUUCACAGCGCUAUGGUAGUAUUUUGGCCCUCCACACAGUUUAGCCCCAUUGUAGGGUUGUCACUGCCUGUUUAAGGUCCUGCCACAGAAUAAAUAUGAGUGAUAUUUUUCUUAUUCCCUUGCAUUAGCUUCUUGACCUUACCCGACAGAGAUUUCUCCAGGCCGACCUCCUGCUAAUGGCAUCUGAGGAAGGCAAUCAAUGUGCUUCUGACUCA